AUGACAAGGAAAGAAAUUAUAAAAUCAUUUAGGGAGAGGGGUAGUGGUAAGGUAAAUCUGACAGACUUUUGUUUAGAAGCAUUCUCUUAUCUUUUCAACACCAACAAAUAUCAACAUAGAAUGAGAAUCAUUUUUACAUUUGUAUUAUUGGCUAUUUGUCACAUAUUAGCAUUUGAGCAGAAAAUACAACCAGAUGUCAUUCAACAAAUUAGCAUUACAUCACUGAGUGACCAAGCCACUCUAGAACUAGCACCUUUAUCGACCGAUACAAGUUUUAAACUUCAAGGAAAGGUUAUUCCAUGUUGGGGUGCAUUUGAUACCUAUGUAGGAUUAGGCAAUGUACCAACUCCAACCGACAAUGCCUUUUCUAAGAAUUGGUCAUCUAUUGGUCAAACAGAAACUGAAGUUGCCUUUGAAUUUAAAAAUGUUGUAAGCAAUACUACUGUAUAUCUUCAAUUAAAUGCAUUGGAUAAAACCUAUAUAGUUGGAAAACCAUUUGCCAGUUUUGAAGUUUACCUAGGAUCAAAUGUAUUUGGUGCUCAAUGGCCAACACCAGGUGACAAUGGUCAAAUAUCGAUUACACUUGAUGAUGGAGGCAAGAGUGCCUUUAUUACAUUGACAGCCACCGACAAUGAUACUGAUACCUAUGAAGUAUACACCUAUGCCGGUGAGUUACCAGAAGGUGCAUUUACCUUUUCAUCAUGUGGUGUUAGAGCAUAUGCCACCAAACAAAAUAAUAUAUUGGUAGAAUCAUCUGGAAAUCAAAAGAAAAUUUCAUUCUCUGGACUUGAUCCAAGUGUUCCAACCUAUGCAACAGUCAUCGUAACUAGAGCCAAUUAUUCUUCAAAUUAUGGUUCCGCUAUUUUUAAUUCAUCCAACAUUUUGAAAUCAUCUAUUUCCCUCUUACUAUUAUCAGUAUUAUUGGUUUUCCUAUUCAUUUAA